CCCAGAUCAGGAUUUUGGACUGCGUGAUCAAUCACAACUGGAGCUUUCUCUGUAACCUCUAUUGUGCCUGGAGUGGGCAGGCAUCAAAAAACAAAGAGGGAAAAGAGCAGAGUGAAGUUAUAUCACCAUCAGAGGAUGAAGAAACUUUCUCUUGGCCUGGCCCCAAAACUGUUGUGCUAAGGAGGACUUCUCAGGGUUUUGGCUUCACCUUAAGACACUUCAUAGUUUACCCUCCGGAAUCUGCUGUUCAGUUUUCUUUUAAAGAUGAAGAGAAUGGGAAUAGACAAGGAAAACAAAGAAACAGACUGGAGCCAAUGGAUACCAUAUUUGUUAAACAAGUUAAAGAGGGUGGACCUGCUUUUGAAGCUGGACUGUGCACAGGUGACAGAAUUAUAAAGGUCAAUGGAGAAAGUGUUAUUGGGAAGACAUAUUCUCAAGUCAUUGCUUUAAUCCAGAACAGUGACAGCGUGUUGGAACUUAGUGUUAUGCCAAAAGAUGAGGACAUCCUUCAGCUGCUGCAGUUUACAAAGGAUGUCACAGCACUGGCAUAUUCCCAAGAUGCCUACCUGAAAGGCAACGAAGCCUACAGUGGAAAUGCCCACAACAUCCCCGAGCCGCCGCCAAUAUGUUACCCACGCCUGACCUCCGCAGCUUCUGUCACGGCGCAAGCUGCUGAGAAGCUACCUUCGGACUUCUCCCUGGGGAAGCAGCAAGUGAACAGAGCAGUGCGGGCGUUGGCACAGCCAGAGAGGGCCUACAGAAUGGAAAUCCAAGUGCCUCCGUCACCCACAGACAUUGCAAAGUCAAACACGGCCGUCUGUGUUUGCAACGAAACUGUAAAGACUGUUAUUGUGCCUUCUGAGAAGGCUGUAGACAUGCCAUCUUGUAGAAAUAACCACGCUGGUCCAUCACACAGGACAGAGGAGGUAAGAUAUGGCUUAAAAGAUCAGAGCAGUCUAAAAGCACGGACCACAGCACCGCCAUCUUCAGCGCCCACUGCCAUUGUACUUCCCCAGACUCCGAUAACGAGACCGGUGGAUCCAACUGGAACGCUGAGUAAAGCUUCAAACUAUGUAGUGUGUGCAGAAGGAAUCCCCAGCACUCGACCUCCUGCUCAAGCCACAGACUCGCCACCAGCCUCUGCCAACCAUUACAGCUCCCCCACCUCCCACCAGCACAUAGACUGGAAGACCUACAAGACGUACAAGGAGUACAUCGACAACAGGCGCAUGCACAUGUACGGCUCCCGGACCAUCCAGGAGAGGUUGGACAGCUUAAGGGCAGCUUCUCAGAACACAACCGACUACAACCAGGUGGUGCCGAACCGCACCGCGUCCCAGGUCCGGCGCAGGAGCACCUCUCACGACAGGGUCCCCCAGUCUGUUCAGAUGCGGCAGAGGAGCGUGUCCCAGGAGCGCCUGGAGGACCCCGCGCUGAUGAAAGAGUGGCCCCGAAGCGCUUCGCAAGACACCCUGACUUCACCUUCAGUUAAUGCCAGGAACCACAGGGCUCGCUCCUGGGACUAUCUCAGCAAGCAGGGGGAGGUGCUGGAGAACUUCCACUCUGAGAAUCUGAUCGCAGAUAUGAACGCAGACAGGAGAAAGACUUACAAGUGGGCAGGGUUUACGGAGCAGGACGACCGGCGGGGCAUUUACGAGAGAUCCCGGCAGCAUGCGUUUCACAUGUCCCUCCGAGGGCAGAACUUCCCUGUGGCUCCCAGUGCUUAUAUUUUAGACAACAGGAGAACAGGCAGCAGGGCUUCUCUGCCUGGGUCUCAUUUUCAGAAGCUUUCCCCAGAAAUGAAAAUGUUGCAGGCUCCAGGAGGGGUUUCAAAGCCUACAGCUCUUUCACAGGAGAGGUUGUCUCUCACACCAGCCAGAGGUUCUAAAAGUAGCUCUUUGAAGAACUCUGCUCCCUAUGCAGCAAAACCAUCCUUUCCUCUUAACCAGAGCCUGGAUGCCAUUGCCAGCAAAGACCAAAGAACAGUAAAUCACUUGCACCACAGCGGUCUGUUAAACCAGCAGUCCAGGAUCCGAGCAGAAGGUUCCCCAGAUCACAAACCAGAAACUGGCAAACCCAUCCAACCCUCGCCUCUGUCUCUAGCUUCCACCAAACCUGUUCAGCCGACAAGUGAGACUUCAACUACCUCUGACAACGUAGAUGGCUCCAUCAGACAAAAGGCUCGAGAUUUUGAAAGGGAAGGUAUCCGUGAGCCCGGAGUUCUGCGAAGGGAUGUUCAGGAAAAUGACAAAGACACAGUGGUCAUGAGGGACAAGUCUCCUUCUGGCCACCAAACCCCACAGCCUUUGCGGCAUCAGUCCUACAUUCUUGCUGUAAAUGACCAAGAGGCAGCCUCAGACACUACUUGUUGGUUACCUAACGAUGCUCGAAGAGAAGUCCACAUAAAAAGAAUAGAAGAAAGGAAAGCAUCAGGUUCCAGCCCACCUGGUGACUCCUUGGCUUCUAUUCCCUUUAUUGAUGAACCGACCAGUCCUAGCAUCGACCAUGAUAUUGCACACAUUCCUGCUUCUGCUGUCAUUUCUGCAUCUGCUUCCCAAGCACCGGCUAUAGCAACUGUUCCUCCCAGCCCCACCUCUCCAGUCCCUUUAAUUCGGCGACAGCUGUCACACGAUCAUGAGUCCAUGCGGCCCAGCGUGCUGGACAGCCAGCCUGCUGCAAAGACUGAGAGAUCCAAGUCGUAUGAUGAAGGACUGGAUGACUACAGAGAAGAGGGAAAAUCAGCCAUUAAGCAUGUGUCUAGUUUAAAGGGGAUUAAGGUCCCGGACAGCCAGAAAUCUUCAGAAGACUCUGGCUCCCGAAAAGAUUCUUCUUCAGAGGUCUUUGGUGAUGCCUCCAAGGAGGGCUGGCUGCAUUUUCGCCAGCUGGUUACGGACAAAGGAAAGCGAGUGGGUGGCAGCAUUCGGCCAUGGAAGCAAUUGUAUGUUGUUCUUCGAGGUCAUUCACUCUAUUUGUACAAGGAUAAAAAGGAACAAGUGACCUUGUCUGAAGAAGAACAACCUAUAAGCAUCAAUGCUUGCUUGAUAGACAUCUCUUACUGUGAAACCAAGAGGAAGAACGUCUUUAGACUCACCACGUCGGACUGCGAGUAUCUGUUUCAAGCUGAGGACAGAGAUAACAUGUUAGCGUGGAUUAAAGCGAUACAAGACAACAGCAACCUAAAUGAUGAGGACACUGGGGUCACUAGUAGAGACCUAAUUAGUCGAAGGAUUAAAGAAUACAGUACAAUGAUGAGUUCUUCAAGCAGCAAAACAGAGCCAUCUCCCAAAACACCUCGCCAGAGCCUAAGCAUCAGGCAGACUCUGCUUGGAACUAAGGCAGAACAGCGGACUCAGAGCCCACAUUCUCCCAAGGAUGAGUCUGAAAGGAAGCUUCUCACUAAAGAUGAGACAAGCCCCCCAAAAGACAAGGGAACGUGGAGAAAAGGCAUCCCAAGCAUCAUGAGGAAGACAUUUGAGAAGAAGCCAUCUGCUGUAGGAACGUUUGGUGUCCGACUGGACGACUGCCCCCCGGCUCACACCAACAAGUAUAUUCCCUUGAUUGUUGAUAUCUGCUGCAAACUGGUUGAGGAAAGAGGCCUGGAGUACACAGGUAUUUACAGAGUCCCCGGGAACAACGCUGCCAUCUCGAGCAUGCAGGAGGAGCUCAACAAGGGAAUGACUGACAUUGAUGUCCAGGAUGAUAAAUGGCGAGACCUGAAUGUGAUCAGCAGCCUGCUGAAAUCCUUCUUCAGAAAGCUCCCAGAGCCCCUCUUUACCAAUGACAAAUAUGCAGAUUUUAUAGAUGCCAAUAGAAAAGAAGAUCCUGUUGAGCGGCUGAAAACACUGAAGAGGCUGAUCCAUGAUUUACCUGAGCAUCAUUAUGAGACUCUCAAGUUUCUUUCUGCACACCUGAAGACAGUAGCAGAGAACUCGGAGAAGAACAAGAUGGAACCAAGAAACCUGGCAAUAGUCUUCGGUCCAACACUCGUGAGGACAUCUGAUGACAACAUGACACACAUGGUUACCCACAUGCCAGACCAGUACAAAAUUGUAGAAACACUCAUCCAAAAACAUGACUGGUUUUUCACAGAAGAUGAUGCUGAAGAACCUCUUACAGCAGUUCAGGAGGAAAGCACAGUAGAAUCUCAGCCAGUGCCAAACAUAGAUCAUUUACUCACCAACAUUGGAAGGACGGGAGUAUCUCCUGGAGACGUAUCAGAUUCAGCCACUAGUGACUCAGCAAAAUCUAAGGGUUCUUGGGGGUCUGGAAAGGAUCAGUAUAGCAAGGAACUGCUCGUGUCCUCAAUUUUUGCAGCAGCUAGUCGCAAGCGGAAAAAAACAAAAGAGAAGCCCCAGCCCAGCAGCUCAGAGGACGAGCUGGACAAUGUGUUUGUCAAGAAGGAGCCUGCAGAGCAGUCUCGUGGUGACACAGCAAAAGAGGAUAUAGCUAAAGGGGAGUAUGAGAGAGAGAGGGAUGUAGGGAGAAAACAGAGGAUGUUUGUCCUGAAGGAAAAAGACAACAGCAUUAAAAAAGAUGUGAGCGUUGUGAAGGAUGAAAAGAAGUCGUUGAAGAAAGAAAGCCUCCUGUCAGAGGAACCAUCAUUGCCUUACCAUGAGAAAUGCACAAAAUUGCCCAAUCUCAGCUGUCUGCCAGCCACUCAGAAGAGUAACCCAAAACCACCUGUUUCACAAUCUUCUUCCCAGGUUGAGGAGACGGUGUCUGACUCUGGCACUAUGCUGAGCACUUCCUCCCAGGCUUCCCAGCACAGAUACUCAUGCAAAAAAGUAGCCAGCCCUGAAAUUAAACACUUGGAGUUUUUAUCAGCUGACGUCAGUUCCAUCACCUCAGAUUACUCAACGACUUCAUCUACCAUGUGUCUCACUGGAUUAGAUGCCAGUAUGCUGAGUCCUGAGGUGCACUCAGUGACAGAAAGCAAGGGAGAAGAUGCUGAUGACGAGAGGAGCGAAUUGGUCAGCGAAGGGCGGCCGAUGGAGACCGACAGCGAGAGCGACUUCCCUGUCUUUGCCACCAGUGCCGCUGCUGACAGGCUGGCCAAGGGGAAGGCUCCAGAGGUGGUGAAGACCAGUCGGAGGAACUCCGAGGAAAGCGAAGUAAGUUGUACUGAGGGCAGUUCCACACCCAAGCUGGAGAGCCGCAGGCUGUUCAGCUCACACAAACUGAUCGAGUGCGACACGCUCUCCAGGAGGAAGUCUGCCCGGCACAAAACGGACAGCGAGGGCUCAGGCGAUGCCAGGAGCGAGAAGGACUUGCCUGCUGUGACCAAAAUGUUUGACAUCAUGAAGAAAGGGAGGUCGACCAGCAGUUUAGCUACGUCAGCCAGAAGCGAGGCCGACAAACAGGAGCCCACCUGGAGACUUAAAAUCACCGACAGGUUAAAGCUGCGGCUCAAGUCCUCUGCGGAUGACAUGUUCGGAGUCGGGAACCAGAAGGCUAACUCUGCGGAGAGCGCCAAGAGGAAGAACAUCAGGAGAAGGCACACGCUUGGGGGGCAGAGGGACUUUGCUGAAAUCAGUGUCCUGAACGCUUGGAAAGCUCAAGAGCCAAGUCAGAGCAGAGAGAGAGAGUCUGAGCUUUCAGCUGUGAAUCGGCUGAAGCCGAAGUGCCCGGCGCAGGACCUCUCUAUCUCGGACUGGCUGGCACGAGAACGUUUGCGCACCAGCACGACCGACCUUAACGCAGGGGAGCCUGGAAAGCCCAGGCUCGAGAACGCUGGCCUCGCAGAUGGAUCUAAGGCAGAGCUGCCUUCAUCUGCAGACCUGCAGGCAGAUGAGGGCAGUUCUUCCAGCAGCUUGACCCUAAUUAAUAGAACACCACCUUCGGGACCAUUUCAGCCACCAGACCAGGUAAACGGUGAGAAUUACCAGAACAUGAACAAAACCAAUUUUAGCCCAGCAGUCGAUGCCCACCCUCAUAAACUGUCUGGGACCCAAGUGGUUAGAUCUCGAUUCUACCAGUACCUUUGAAAGGGGGAAGCUAUGUCCACCGCAGCAAUUCAGUCCCCUACUGUUACACCUCCCAGUAACUCCGUGUGUGUGUGUGUGUGUGUGUGUACAUAUAUAUAUAUAUAUAUAUUUUUUCCUGUACUGUUGUUGUUAUGCAGCCUUCAUUUGGGCUGGUUUCAUCAAUAUGCUCUGUGGAACGUCUUCACAGUGCAUUACCACAGCCAGAAGAACACUAAAGUUUAAAGUAUAUAUAUAUAUAUUUUAAGAAGAAAGAGAAAAAAGUAUAUUUGAUGGCUGCAUACAAAUGUUGAACAAAGCAUCUGAUGCAACGUGG